AUGGCACCAGUUGCAGAUACUACUAAAUACGACGCUUCUCAAUUUCAAAGAUCUCAUGUUGGUAAAACCAGCAAAGGCUCAUUUACUGUGAGUGAUCACAACAAAUCUUUAGCUUUAUACCCUGAAUUCUUGCCCACAUGGAACCCAAACCAAAAGUUCCCAUCUUACAAGUUUGAGCAAUAUCAUGAUAAAGGACAUGCCGCUGAUCCUUUGUUGUCCAACUUGUUCCCUGCUGGAGGGGAUUACAAGGUUAAAAGGUUGAGCCCCAAACUAGGUUCUGUGAUAACUGGUAUUCAGCUUUCACAGUUGUCUGAUGCUGCGAAAAACGACCUUUCCCGUUUUGUUGCUGAAAGAGGCGUUGUUGUUUUCAGAAACCAAGAUUUCAACCAAGGUGGACCUCAAGCUGCAGUUGAUUUUGCUCGCUAUUUUGGCCCAUUGUAUAAACAUGCCACUAGUGGCUCUCCAGAAGGGUUCCCUGAAUUGCAUGUCUGCUUUCGUGGUGCAUCACAGGAAGAAAUUGAUAGUGUUUUUGCUGACAGAACCAAUUCAAUAUCAUGGCAUUCUGACUGUUCAUAUUCAUUGAAUGCAUUGCAGUUGACUUUGUUCUCGUGUUUACAAUUGCCAGACGCUGGUGGAGACACAUUAUUUGCUAAUACAGUUGAAGCAUACAACCGUUUAAGUCCUGCCAUGAAAGAAAGAUUGGAAGGAUUGCAUAUCUUGCAUUCAUCGAUUGAGCAGGCUGCAAAUAACAAACUGGCUGGUGGAAUAAUCAGAAGAGAGCCCGAAGCGAAUAUUCAUCCGCUUGUUAGAGUUAACCCAUUGACCAAACAAAAGCACUUGUAUUUGAACAAGGAAUUCGGAAGACGUAUUGUUGAGUUGAAGGAAGAUGAGCUGGACUACUUGUUGGCAUUCUUGUAUGACCAUAUAGAAAAGGCCCAAGAUUUGCAAAUUAGAGUCACCUGGGAGGAGAAUACCGUUGUUUUAUGGAACAACUCAACCACAAUUCAUUCUCCAUGCGUUGACUUUGAUGAGCCAGAAAUUCGUCACGCUUAUAGAAUAAGUGUUAUGGGCGAACGACCAGUUGGUGAUUUAAAGUACUUGAAUGAUGAAAACUAUUUACAAGAAAAGUACAAAGAGCUUGGAAUUGGAAAACGCUAA